AUGACGGUACCCGAGAUGCUCCAGCGGGCGAGCCAGUUCGUCGCCGCAGAGACAUGGAUGGCCGGGAAGCGCGAAGAGCACAAAAGGGUCAAGCCGGAGCCGCCCCGGCAGCAGCAACCCGCUGCGUCUCGACGUCGGUUAGACAGAUCCGACCCGCCAGCAUCGAGGCCCCCUCUCCCCGCCUUAAACUCGUCCCGAACGGAAAUAUUCCUCCACAUAAGGGAGAAGGGACUGCUCAAAGAGCCUUACCCGAUGAGGAGUCCGCGGGCGCUGGCGGACCAAUCGAAGUACUGUCGCUUCCACCGGCAACAUGGGCAUGACACUGAACAGUGUCGGGAGUUGAAAAGGCAAAUUGAGGAGCUCAUUCAUAGGGGACACCUCGGCCAGUACCUUCGGCUGGACAAGGAACUUUCACCACGCCCGGAGGGUCCUAUCAAACGACACAUCGACGUAAUAGCUGGCGGCCCCGCAUCUGGCGAGGAUUCUAUGACCAGAAGAAAGGCGUACGCCAGAGCCGCUCCGGCCGAAGCUCCCAAGCACGGGCCCGAGCCUAAUAUCACCUUCCUGGCCGGGACAUCCGAACAAACCGAGCACGACGAUGCGCUCGUGAUAUUGGCCAGAAUAGCCAAUGCACAAGUAAGGAGGAUCAUGGUCGAUACCGGGAGCUCGGCCGACAUACUCUACUUCGACGCCUUCCAAAAGCUCGGCUUAUCCGGAGACAACAUGAAGCCGAUAUUCUCGGCACUCACCGGAUUCACCGGUGAUUCAAUCUCGCCGCUAGGGGCGAUCACUUUACCCUUGACCCUGGGAGCCCCGCCGAGGUCGAAGACAAUGAUGACCACCUUCCUGGUAAUCGACCUCCCCGCUGCAUACAACGCCAUUCUCGGCCGGCCGACCCUCAACAAAAUCAGAGCCAUCGUCUCAACCUACUACCAGACUGUGAAGUUCCCGACCCACGCUGGGACCGGAGAGGUCGUAGGAAGUCCCCGAGAAUCCAAGCGCUGCUACCUGACCGCCGUUUCAUUACACAAGAGGGCCAGGAUCGAACCACCGUUGGCGGACCUCCAAGAGGCGAAGAAGCCAGCCUCCCAUCCUGAGCCGAGGGGGUCCACCAUCGACGUGCCGCUGCUACAGGAUCGGCCGGAGCAAACGGUUAAGAUCGGGUCGGAGCUACCCGAGCAAGAACGAAGACAGCUCGUCGGCCUCCUACAGAAGAAUGCCGACGUCUUCGCUUGGUCGCCCUCUAACAUGACGGGCGUCGACCCGGAGGUAGCGCAGCAUCACCUCAAUAUCUCACCCGACGCCCGCCCGGUAAAACAAAAACCUAGACGGCAGGCCCCUGAUCGGCAGUUGGCCAUACGGGAAGAAGUGGGCCGACUUCUGGCGUCGGACUUCAUAGAAGAAGCUAGAUACCCACAAUGGCUAUCCAAUGUAGUCCUCGUCAAGAAAGCUAAUGGAAGCUGGAGGAUGUGCGUUGAUUACACCAGUCUCAACAAUGCAUGCCCGAAGGAUUGCUAUCCCCUUCCAAAAGUCGACCAGUUGGUCGACGCUACGGCCGGACACACCCGCCUCUUGUUUAUGGACGCCUUCUCGGGAUACAACCAGAUCAGAAUGAGAACCGUAAACAAGAUGUUCGCCCACCAGAUCGGGCGGAACAUGGAAGUUUACGUCGACGACAUGAUUGUCAAAAGCCAAGAGGCGGGAGCCCACCUGGCUGAUCUGGCCGAGGUGUUCGCCACGCUGCGCAAGUACGACAUGAGGCUCAACCCCGCGAAGUGCGCCUUCGGCGUUACCUCGGGAAAGUUCCUCGGGUUCAUCAUACACGAAAGAGGAAUUGACGCCAACCCGAAGAAAGUCCAGGCGAUCAUCAAUAUGCAGUCACCUCAGAUGAUCAAAGACCUACAAUGCCUUAAUGGGAGGCUUGUCGCCAUGUCCCGUUUCCUUGCCCGAUCAGGUGAUCGCUGCCUCCCCUUCUUCAGAGCAUUGAAGAACCCGAAAAAUUUUCAGUGGACGGAAGAAUGCGAGGAAGCCCUCAAGCAAAUGAAGCAACACUUGGCCAACCUCCCCCGACUUGCCUCAGUCUCUCCGGGGGAGAAGCUAGGCAUCUACAUGGUUGCCUCCCAGCACGCAGUCAGUUCCGUCCUGGUCAAGGAAAAUUUCGGCGAACAGCUUCCAGUCUACUAUGCCAGCCACGUCUUGAAUGGGCCCGAAGAACGAUACCCACCAAUCGAGAAGCUGGCACUUGCGCUCGUGCUGUCUGCCCGGAAGCUACGCCCCUACUUCCAGGCUCAUCCGGUGGAGGUCAUUACUGACCAGCCGCUUCGGCAGAUCUUGUCUAAAUUUGAUGUUGCAGGACGUCUUCUCAAAUGGGCGGUGGAGCUCGGCGAGCAUGACAUACAAUACGUGCCCAGGACCGCUAUCAAAGCCCAGUCCGUGGCCGACUUUAUCGCAGAAUUAACCCAAAUCGGGGACGAAGGUCUCGAACAACCUCCCGAGGCCUGGGUCCUGCACGUCGACGGAUCAGCCAACUCAAAAGGCACCGGCCCGGGGCUGGUGUUGCAAGCUCCCGAUGGGCGGUCGUUCGAGCGUUCCCUCCGCUUCGGGUUCUAG